CCAGACGUCUUCGCCAUGCGGGUGCUGCUGGAGGAUUCCGAGGAGAUGUUCCGAGUGACAAACUGCCGCAGCGACAUGACCGUCCGGGAGCUCAAAGAGGAGCUGGACCUGAUGGCUGGCAUUCCCUUCAACCUCCAGCGGCUCCAGUUCCUGGACCAAGGAAUUUUGAUGGAUGACGCUCCACUGAAGUUCUAUGGUGUUGUUCCUGGUGGAAUUAUUUCAUUAUGUGUCUGGCACUAUGAUGGAUGGACGGACCUCGUUCUGGCGGCUGUGGAAGGAGAUUCCAGUAAGCUGUCUUUCCUCGGUGUUACUGAAGAUUCUUUCUACCAGACUGCAAAUUCACAGCGUUUUAACAACCAGCAGUGGAAGACAUGGGUGUCUCAGAGAGCGUUCGUGGCUUUGUACAUCGCCUCGCACCGAGGUCAUGUGGAGGUGGUGCAGUACCUUCUAGAACACGGAGCCAACUGUCUCGGCAGGACCCCCGUGGGCAGGACACCCCUGCACGUAGCCGCAGCCAUGGGCCGGCUGGACUGUGUAAGCCUCCUGCUUAACCAUGGGGCCUCCGUCAAUGCCAGGGAUGCCAAGGGCGAGACGCCCAUGUCCGUCGCCCGCCGCCUAAGCGGCAGCCAGAGCAAGCGGCGGAUGUUCCUCUUCUACUGGAUGACGAAGCUGGGGACCAAGGGCCUGACCAACCCCGUCAUGAACAAGGGUUUUCAGAGACUUAAGACCGGGUUUGGCUCCAAGAAGGAGAGCCAGAAGUAGCUCCCGCUGGGAAUGUCUGGGCGCCGGCACUGACUCGGGGCCACUCUCCGGAGUUCACGUCCCCCGCGGAGCAGGAUGGCAGGGAAACACGGCAAUUAAUCUGCAUCGGAUACGAGAUGACCUGUCCUGUUGGCAAAUGACCUGGGGAGGGGACUGACGGAAGGGGGUGAAUUUGUGUUCAUUUCCUCAUCCAUUACGGAUUGAACAGGCUCCCAUGCCAGCCUUUAAUUCUGAGCUAUUUGUUCAUUGUAGCCAGGAACGCUGCUUGGGGUGAUGGGAACCAAUUACCUCCCCUCCCGUCUGGACACCAUCUAAUGCAUCGGCGUAACAGGGGUAAUAGCGAUAAUGACAAUGGCCCUGUUGUUCCGGACAAAACGAGGACGGGCAGAUGUCGUGAGGUCAGUGUGCAGGGUGACCUGAGAAUUUCAGUUUGUAAAACUCAUGGAACUAGGUGCUCUCACAGCUAGCAACGUUCUGGAAGUUUCCUUGAACCUUCCUGGAGGGGUCUGCUGCCUGAGUCAGUGGCAGGAUUGGGGGAGACAUGAGGCUGGCGGGGUCGGGGGUGCUGAGAGCUUGGUUCUCCACGAGGGCUGCCUGAUAGCUCUUGGCUUCAAGGUGGUGAGUCGGCACUGGAUUUGGAGGACAUGGCAUAAAAGAAGAUGAUGAGCUUGUAGGAGAGGGAAUCAGAGCUGGCAGCUGCUUUUUGCCUUUCUUUCCAUCCCCAAAGGUCCAAGCACCCUCCUCUCGCUAGCUCCCGCCUUUCCUGCCAGAAGUAGGGUGGCUUCACCAUCCUUACUGCAGGGCAGUGUCUAUGCUUAACUCGAGGUUCCAUGCCCCACAAAAGCUGUAGACCUCUGGGUGGCCUGCCCUGUGGGUGAGUGAGCUGGUGUGGGAGACAAGAGGGAGAGGUGAGGACUGGGGCAGACUGACAUGCGCACCCUUGUCUGACCAGGGUGCCAUGACUCAGCUCCAGCAGAAAAGUGAGACAAAGGCAGCUAGAUCUUUCCAGAGCUUUCCAGAGCUGGAAAUCCGGCUUUUUGAUAUGAUAAGUUCUGCUUUUUUAAAGCAUUGGCUUGAAUUUUUUUAAGAUCAGCCCAGGGUACAGAAGGAGUAGGAGAUCUGAGGCACACGAAUGGGACUGUCUGCCGUUAACAGACUAACUCGUCUCACUGAGAAAGGAGGUGGAAGCAACCUGAGGCUCGUUGGAACAUUCCAUGGCUCUGAAGCCACAGGGUGGGAAUGGGUGUUGCUGGGUGACACGUUUUGCCCACCCUCCCAUCCCGCAGCCACGAUGCUUCCCUAAAGCCAUCCAUCCUGACCCAACUUCCAGAAUCAGUCUGCGUGGCCACAGUCUCUCCAUGGUUGAAGUUUUGUUUUUUUAAGGUGCUGGAGAAUGGGACUGUCUGCUGACCCGCCCUUCUUUCAGACUUGCAUCCCAACCACUGGAUUCUGCUUUCACGUUAAUUGGCCGCGUUUCCUGCUGUCAGUGCGAGUGAGAUCCGCGUCGAUGACACGGCUUGACACUCGGUGGACUGGCUGCACCCAGCUCAGCAAUCUGUUUGACAAAUAGUAGUCAGGAAAAAAAAAUACAGCUCAGUAUCAACUGUGUCACAACAGAGAGCAUGUGUUUGGCAGACGUUCUCCAAAGUCAAUAGGCAGAUAUUAAAUCACUUCGACCAGCGGGGUCAGUUCAUUUA